AAUUAAUUUGGGUAUUGCAUUAAAACAGUGUUUUCAUUGCGAGAUCUUCUCCGCUGUCCGAAUCCCCAAACGCCGUCGUAUUGAGGCGUCUGCUCUCUGCUACUCAACUCUCUCUAGCUCUCGCCCUCUGCGCUCGUCGAUUGGGCAACGAUAGAAGUAGAAACAGAGAAUUCACAGAAAAGCAAUCUGCUUUCUCGCAGCAAAAACUUAAAAGCGGAAAAGCAGUUUUGUUUUGGUCCAUGAUUCUGUGGUAUUUGUUUUAUUGAAGCUGCUCCAUUCACUUCUGCUUCUUCUUCGCCGUCAUACAUAGAGAACGGGUUUGUGUUUCAUGAGUGUUGAAGUAAUUUUAUGACCAGAAGUUCUAGGAGGAAUUAACUUGAUGCUCUAUGAUUACUGAGUAGUUAUUUAUCUGAACAUGGAUAAAGUAUCACCAGACUGUCCAUACCCAGGAUGCUUCUUCUGUGUCAUGAAGGAAGGCAAUCCAAGUAAACGCAGGGCAAGUAUAUUGAAAUUCUUUAGAGAACUUCCUUCACAGGAUGAUGAUGGUCAAGUCCUGCCUAUCAGCGGCCUCUGGAAUACUGCUAUGGCGCAUCCCAACGACCCUGAGUUUAUUGAGUUGGGCAUAUUUGAAUGCAUGGCUGCACUAAUUUGGAAGGGUCUAAAGAAUCGGCGCUGGCUCUCUCAUGACCAAAACAUAUAUAUUCCUUAUUAUGCAGCACAUAUUAUUGGAUCCUACACCAUGAACAUGGAAGAAUUUGCAGAAAGUGCUGUUCAUGCUGGAGUAAUCCCUCCCUUAGUUGAACUUUUGAGGGGGAGGUUAACUUGGGUUGAACAGAGAGUCGCUGUGCGAGCUCUGGGACACCUGGCUACAUAUGCCAGCACUUUUCCUGCAUUGGCUAGUCAUGGUGAAAUACUUGAGCUUUCCAUUCAGCUUGCAAUGAGUUCGUUAGAAAUUGUUUAUUCCCAUUUUUACCAGUAUGUUGACAGAAGGCUGAGUUAUCACUGUGAUCUGCUAACGCGUGGCAUGGGUGGCGUUGAAAUGGAGUCCAGGAAGGCAGAGGAAUGGGCUAGUCAGUUGCAGUGCUGGUCCCUUCAGCUUAUUAAUUGCUUUGCUUUCAAACCCGAGUUUCUUUCUAUUAUAUGCAAGCCCGAAUUUUUAAUAAAACUACCGGGCAUGUGGGGUGGACUUGUUAAUGAAAAUUCACCAGCUGGUAUUGGUUUAUUGCGGACAAUUUGUCAUCAUAAGCUUGGCAGAGGGCCAGUCGCUAGCUGUCCUGGUAUCAUUGAAGCAUUGUGUAAUAUUGCCCGCUCGUCAGAUGAUUGGCAGUAUAUGGCUAUAGACUGCCUUCUGUGGUUGCUCCAGGAUCCCAGCACUUGUCAUAAGGUGAUUGACAAGGCUGUAGGUGCACUGGUAGACCUCUCAGAGAUCUCAACUCUGGGAGAUCACAAAAAGCUUGGGGAUUCCAUCGUUAAUGUUCUUCAGGAAUGUAUCCAAUCACAAGGGACGGGGCGGAACGCUUUGAGUAAUCGCACAAAGGAACAGAUUGAGGAACUAUUAAAUUCAAGACAGAGAUUGAAGUGGGAAAAGAGUAUGCCAAAGGAGGACCUCCAUAUCAAGCAGGCAGCAGCACUGGUGGUCAAGCUUGAAGGAAAUUCCCUGUUCUCGUCUGGAAACAUAUCUGGAGCUGCAUCAAAGUACUCUGAAGCAUUAGCACUGUGUCCGAUGAGAUCAAAAAAAGAGAGAGUUGUACUGUACAGUAAUCGAGCUCAGUGUCAUCUUCUGUUGCAACAACCAUUGACUGCCAUUAGUGAUGCUACACGUGCCCUUUGUCUUCACAACCCUCUUAACCGUCAUGCCAAAAGCCUUUGGAGAAGAGCACAGGCAUAUGACAUGCUAGGGUUAGCUAAAGAGAGCUUGUUAGAUGCCAUUCUGUUCAUAAAUGAGUGCUCUCAAUCAAGUGAUCCUGAUCUGUCCUUGAGGCAAAAUAAGGUUCCUGACUAUGCUGAAAGAUUAGUCAAGAAGCAGAUGCGUGCUGCCUGGUUAUUUAGAGAAGCAGCAAUUAAACAUGGGGGUGUUCAUUGUGAAGGUGAUGCAGGGGACAUAUAUGGCCACGAGACUGAUGAUUCAGAAUGGGAGACAGCAAGUGAAAGUGAUAUUGGGAAUGAUGGACGGGAUGAGAUGGGGGACGAUGAUUGUGAAUGGAAAAAUGAAGAUGACAGGAAAGACAAGUAUGAUAAACCUUCAAUGAAAGAUAUGAAGCAUGGAUACAAUGUGCAGCUUGCUGAAGAUGAACCAUGAGGUUUGGGUAAUAUGGACCAUUUGUUAAGAUGUAAGACAGAGCAGAAACGUGAUUGAAGCAGCCUUAAGUUAUGUGAUUGCUUAACACCUCUAUUUUCUUUGAGUUUACAGCAGGAAAUGCAUCUCAAUGGGCAGGUUGGAAGAAAAACAUGUCCAUGGUCAAAGUGUUUAAGACUAAAAUUCGUUUUAUAUGUUUCUCUUUUAGUUCCCCUUUUCUUUGGUGUUCAACUGUAACAAUAGAAAAAAAGAAAAAGAAAAAAAAAAAGAAGAUGAAGAUACCGAGUCUAGAUUGUAAAAACCUUUUUGGAGUGAUUUUAGAGGCUUGUGUAUAUAAGACCCAUAGGGGGUCUGUUUUUGUGCUCUGACCUUUAUCUAUACAUUGGAAUGAUAAUUAUGAUUUUGUUUCGCAA